ACUUAAAAGUUACCCUUAUGUUGCUUUUUAAAUACAAAAUACUCUAAUUUGUUACUAUCAGUAACCCUUUUAAAAAGUAUGUUCAUAAACAGUGUAAAACUUAGUGUAAAACUGGACUUCUGUGUUCCACUUUCCCUUGUAGACUUUUAUGUUAAUGUAAUGAGCUUUUAUGCUUGAGAAUCGUUUUAUUGGUUGUUUUUCAUACUUAUUUGAUGACAAAAGUAUAUAUAAAUUGACUGUUAACUGAAUCUGGAAAAACGCAUGUCACUAUUACUAUCAGUACACAAUUGAUCACAGAACCAUAAGUGUAUCUUUGAUCUUAAUUACUUACUAAAUGCAUAAAGUAAAAACACACUGGAAUGGUGCCUCAGAACCCUGGAUGGAGGUCUGAUUAAGGUGCCUCAUGUGAAGGAAUUGCUGACCUGUACCUGGUAUGUGCCGCUGGGCACACUCUGUGGAAGGAGCAUUUCCUUGUCUAGGAAGAGAGUGUGAAGGUGACUUUGGGUGGAGGUGGGGCCACCAGGGCACCGAGAUUUCCGCAGGGCAGCUUCUCAGGCUGUGCAGUUUUAGGAAACGGUGUAAGGGAAGCUGAGCUUCCCUGAAGCUCCCUGUGCCCGGGAACCCCUUGGACUGCUGUCAGGUUGCACCCUGUGCCUUUAGAUGCUGGAUGUGUACUCUUGAUACCGUAUCGCUGUGCUUGGUUGGAGAUCCUCCAGUCACUCGAUGGGGAUUCACAGAGGACUACCUGUGUUUGUUACCUUCCCACCUCUCAGUAGCAAGAGGAGUGAUUGCAGCGCUUCUUCAGUAAUGAUGAUGAAACUGGUAUUAACUGAGUGGCAUUUAUGGAUUUUUAACUCUAACUUGCAGUGAACCAGCAAGCCAUAUGUUUACAGUCCAACCAAAAACCCUUCGUUUGCUGCGUGUCUCUUGCAUUUGGGAGACGCCGAGACACCCAUUUAUACAAAGAGGAAUAUAAGUGUUGCCUGCCCAAGGAAUGCACCUGGAACAGAACAAGACGUCUUAAUUUAUCAUUAAAGAGAAAUGAUAGUAUUAUUUAUAUAAUAUAUAUAUAUUAUAUAUAUAUUAUAUAUAUAUUUGGUGGUAAUGAAAAUGGCUCCGCAGAAUGCUGACUCGGAAUCUAUGCAAGUACAAGAGUUACCUGUGCCCGUGUCGGACCCACAGAAAUCUGGAGACCUGGAGACGGAGAACCAUGAUGAAACCAUCAGUGAGGGGUCCAUAGACCGGAUCCCCAUGCGCCUGUGGGUGAUGCAUGGGGCCGUGAUGUUUGGCAGGGAGUUCUGUUACGCCAUGGAAACAGCAUUGGUCACACCCGUUCUGUUGCAGAUUGAAUGGUUUUUGAUGACGGGACCUGCAGCCCUGCUCUGGAGAAUAGAGGAGGUGAUGCAUGACUGGGCACCAUGGAGCGGUCUGGAAGGCAGAGGCCUCCCGGAGCAGUACUAUAGUCUGACGUGGUUCCUGAGCCCCGUCCUUGGCCUCAUCUUCACACCAAUCAUCGGGUCAGCAAGUGACCGCUGCACCCUGAGCUGGGGCCGCCGGCGGCCCUUCAUCCUUGCGCUCUGUGUAGGCGUCUUGCUUGGUGUCGCACUGUUCCUCAACGGCUCUGCCAUAGGUCUGGCCCUUGGUGAUGUCCCCAACCGGCAGCCCAUUGGCAUCGUCCUUACAGUACUGGGAGUGGUGGUCCUGGAUUUCAGCGCUGAUGCUACUGAGGGACCGAUCCGUGCCUACUUGCUGGAUGUGGUGGACAGUGAAGAGCAAGACAUGGCCCUCAACAUCCAUGCCUUCUCUGCUGGUCUUGGUGGCGCCAUUGGCUAUGUACUGGGCGGGCUGGACUGGACACAGACCUUCCUGGGCAGCUGGUUCCGGACCCAGAAUCAGGUGCUCUUCUUCUUUGCCGCUAUCAUCUUCACAGUGUCGGUGGUCCUGCAUAUCUUCAGCAUCAAGGAGGAGCAGUACAGCCCACAGCAGGAUCGAAACUCAGAGGAAGCUGCUGCCCUGUCCGGCGCUAGGCCUGGCAGCACCUUGACCAACACCUGCCUAAAUGCCCUUGGUGGGGGCACGCAGGACAGCAGCCCUCCUUUCCCGGAUGAGGUACAGUCAGAACACGAGCUGGGCCUGGACUACCUCAAUGUGGACAUCGUGCGCAGCAAGAGUGACUCCGUGCUACAUAUGCCGGAUGCCACACUGGAGAGGGAACCCGAGCUGCCCUUCCUAUACGACAUCGAGCCGUCCAUCUUCCAAGAUGCCUCAUAUCCCAGCACACCCCGCAGCACCAGCCAGGAGCUCCCAAAAGCCAGGCUGCCCCAUCUGUCCACCUUUCUCAGGGAAACCACCAAGGAGGAUGAUACCUUGCUUGAUAAUCACUUGAAUGAAGCUAGAGUCCCAAAUGGAAGUGGCUCCCCACCGAGAAACACCCUGAGCAGCAGCACCAGAGUGGACCUGAAGUCCUCAGCCACAUCCAGCUCCAUGAGGCGACGCAGACACAUGUUCCGCCGUCAAGCCUCCAGCACCUUCUCUUACUAUGGCAAGAUGGGGUCCCACUGCUACUGCUACCGUCGGGCCAACGCAGUGGUCCUGAUCAAACCGUCCCGCAGCAUGAGUGACCUCUAUGACCUGCAGCAGCGGCAGCGGCAGCGCUGCCGGCACCGGAACCAAAGUGGGGCUACCACCUCCAGUGGGGACACAGAGAGUGAGGAGGGUGAGGACGAGACCACCGUGCGCCUGCUGUGGUUGUCUAUGCUGAAGAUGCCAAAGGAGCUGAUGCGCCUUUGCCUCUGCCACCUGCUCACCUGGUUCUCUGUCAUCGCCGAGGCUGUCUUCUACACUGACUUCAUGGGCCAGGUCAUCUUCAAGGGGGACCCCAAGGCAACCUCCAACUCCACCAAAGGGCAGGAAGCCUACAAUGCUGGUGUGAAGAUGGGCUGCUGGGGCUUGGUCAUUUAUGCUGCCACUGGUGCUAUUUGCUCAGCCCUACUACAGAAGUACCUAGACAGCUAUGACCUGAGCAUCAGAGUGAUCUACGUGCUGGGAACUCUGGGCUUCUCUGUGGGCACCGCUGUGAUGGCUGUGUUCCCCAAUGUCUACGUGGCCAUGGUCACCAUCAGCACCAUGGGCAUCAUAUCUAUGAGCAUCUCCUACUGCCCCUAUGCCCUGCUAGGGCACUACCAUGACAUCAAAGAGUACGUCCACCACAGCCCCGGGAAUUCGAAGCGAGGGUUUGGCAUCGAUUGUGCCAUCCUCUCCUGCCAGGUCUACAUCUCCCAGAUCCUGGUGGCAUCUGCCCUUGGGAGCGUGGUUGAUGUGGGGACUGUCCGUGUCAUCCCCAUGGUGGCCUCCGUGGGCUCUUUCUUAGGCUUCCUGACAGCUGCAUUCCUAGUGAUCUAUCCUGAGGUAUCAGAGGAUUCCAAGGAAGAACAGAAAGGCCUGUCUGGGCAACCCGCUGGUGACGGUGAAGGCAGAGACAAGCCCACGGUCCUGAAGCUGUCUCGGAAGGAGGGUCUGCAAAGCCCUGUGGAGACUGAGUCCAUGGUCUGAGCUCUGGCUGACACAUUCCACAUGGGAGGCAGGUGGGGAGGCUACCAGCCACUGGCAUUGCUGGCGCUUUGAGGGCAGCACUGGCCAGCACUUCUUCUCCAAACAAUCGAAGUUCAGUAGUUGUAGGUUAGGUUUGAGCUAUUAGACAAAAUUAUUACACUAAUUACUUUUUUCCACAAUUAAAUCAUUUGAAAUCUUUUUUUAAUUAAAGAAGAUCUUUUAAUUUCAGCUGUCUUUUAUUCUGCAGGUAUAUUAUUCUGCAUGUUUUUACAUUGUAAAACAUUAUAAUAUAGUUAAGUAAUUUAGAAAAAAUGGGAUUUUUGCAUUUCUGAAAUUACAAUGAAAGUACACGACCUCUGAUGUCCUGGGUAUACGUGGCCUGGGCACUUCAGACAAGAGCAGUGUAGUCAGUGACUAGAGAUCCUUUUCAGGGAUCCCUCUGGCACCGCAGGUAUGUGGAUGCCCCUCAGAUCUUGAUACGUUCCGUUGGUGCUGCCGCUGUUGGAGAGUAUUUUUCUUUAUGAUUAUUUUAGACAAAAUGUUUUUUUUUCUUUUUUAUCACUAUGGUUUUCUUAGAAGAACAGCAUCUCCUUUCCCUCAGAGAGUUUGACACAUCAUGCCCAGUGGCGCUAUGCCCAGGCACAGCCACACACCAAAGUUGGAGAGGGCCCCUGAGGUGGCCAUGGGCCAAAAGGCCCAGGGCAAGACGUACACCAAUCCCCGGAUGGAAUUUGAACUCUCAAAUCCAGUGCUGCUUACAUCACCUGUGUGAGCAGGUCCAUGUGCAGACCCUGCCUGGCUGUCCAUGCCUGGAGCUCCUCAGCCCAGUCCCCAGGCUCCUCACUGCACUUUGACUCAUCUGUACCUUUGCCGGAGAGCUGUGCACAGAGUUCCAGGUGGGCACUGGCUUGCAGCCCUGCUGCAAAGCUACCUCGAGCAUGGAGGGCAGCAGCCUCCAGGAAGGGCACCUGAGGCCAAGCCUCCCUCGCUGCCAUGGCAGGGCAUGCUCAUUGGAACCUGUCUGAACUCCUGUGACUUUCUCACCUGCUGACCCACUUGUCCCUAGGAUUAGAACCAACACAGGGAGAAGCCAAGUGUCUGGAAGGCCCUGAGUGAGGGCUCAGCACGGUAUUCUGGUUCCACAUGCAAGUAAAAGUUAUCAAAUGCUGCAACUGUUUAGAUAUGUUUUUCAAACCAUGGUCUCUUUAUUUGAAACAGUUUCUGCUCUUCAUACAUAAAUCGGUCAGUCUAAGCUUUCCAAGAUCAGGAGAAAGAGGCCCUGCACAUCACACAGAUGGAAUCACAUCUUGUCAUAGUUACUGCCAGUCCAUGUUUUUAAUAAAGUACUUUAAAAUGCAUGAGAGUCAUGCUGCAAUAUGAUCAUUCUAAAGCAAAUAUAUAUAUAUAUAUAUACAUAUACAUAUAUACAUAUAUAGAUUUCAAGAUGAAACUAAGCAGUUUUUAAAUAAAUUACUUGAAUUUUCUGUGUAUUUAAAGUAAUGGCUUUUCAGCAGACUCCUGGUCUUGCUAUGUGUCCUGCACUGAUGGUGCUUUGUAAGUUGUGUGUUUUGUGUCAGAGGAGCAGUCCAGUACCUGUGUACAAGGAGGGUUCCUGCAGCCUGGGCCUCCAUUAAAGCCCAGUCUUUUGGAGGACUGGCUUCAGGUCCCUAAGGCUUUUUCUAUGUGCUAACAUUUGGAAUGGCCUGGAAAGUCUUGUGCUGAACACACAGCUGGCAUGGUGGGAAUCCUCCCACCAGCGGGAUCCCCAUUGGCUGGAUUCUCUGACCUUUCUUUAAGGUGACAGGCAUGUCUGGGUUCCCCUCUUCUGCAGGAUAUUCUUGACAAGUUAUUCUAUGCAACUUGAUUCUUAGUAGCCUGAGAUUGUAGCCCCUCCCUAAGACUUUGACCUGGGUUGUUAGAAUUGGAGUCUGCUAGAGCUGAGGAUCUUUCUUCUCCACCUGGCAACUAGGUGGAGUGUAGGUGGUGCCAAGCGUAAGAACACGGGCUGGGCUGAGAGUGGCCCCAAACAAUCAAGAUCUGAAACAACCAAACCAAGCACAGGGAACCAACCUGCCUUGUAGCCCACUCUGUGACCUAGUGGGCCACAGACACUGGUCCCCUGACAACUGCAUGUGCAGGAGCCUCAGGCAUGGCCUAGGCACUUUUCAGAAGAAAGGGGCUUGAGACCACAGCUGAGUGUGUUAGCCCUUGGGACCCCAGCCAUGAUUUGACCGUGAUUUUGUGUUCACACCACAAGCCUUGUCAGAAGCCACUAUUAGACUGUGAGCUUGCUGGAAAAUAAGCCAGCAAGGAGCAUGGCUGCUGUUUGCUCCGACAUCUGUCUUGCUGUAUGGGUCUGGUUAGUGUACAAGCCUUUGGGUUUUAGGUCCUAGGGUUGAUGAUGGGAUCAAAUUCUGGGAGGCAGACACAGGUGACCCAGAGCUCUAGUUAUGAGUCACACUGGACACGGGAAGACCAAGUAACCAAAGCCUUUGCCUCAGUACUUCUCUUGCGGUGAGAUUAUUCAAGUUUGUAGUCACUUGGUACUAUUGUAGUCACUUGGUUAUUACAUUGUGUCUUAAACCAAGAAGCAGGGAUCAUGCCUGCAGCUUGCUUUGGUCAGUCUGGCUUAGGUGUUGGUGUUUUUCUGUCACUGUGCCUGAGGUGCAGCCCGGGGAUUGGUGGGUUUGCUGAGAGCCCCUAAGCAACUCACUGGUAGCUGUUACUUAAAAGGCACUGAUGGGUGGCCUAUGCUACUGGGAUUGGCAGAUACAGACCCAAGCAAGUGCCUACUCAUGGCCAGUGCUGAGGACACAUCCUGGAGUUGACUAUGUAGCACUUUCAGGGUAGGUCUGCAAGGUCCCAGGGUAGCGUCCUUAGAGCAUUUAGUGAUGUGUAUCUACAGUGUUUCAGCUGGUUGAGUACUGUAUAAUGAACAUAAAUUUAAUAUCAGGAUAAGGUAGGGUCAGUAUGAUUGGCAUUUUUGUGCCCUAUAAAAUUCAACUAAGUAAAGAUUGUUUUAACAAGAUGGCAGAACUAUCCCUGUAUAGGAAUGUGAUCUUAGGAAGUGACGGGGUUGUGGGCCACCCCAGCCAUACUUUGACUAGUUCCCCUUGGUUGGUCAGUAGAAUGGCACUGCCACUUUCCUGGUGGCUGGAGAGUUGGCAGUAAGCAUUCCAUUUUUCUCAGUGUAAAGCAGGUCCUCAGCACAAGUACAGACAUGUCUGCUGCUUCAGACCUCAGCCUUGUAAGCCUCUGUCCCUGCAAGUGCCAUGCUUGGGGGGAACUCUGUUCCCUAGAGGAGAUAGGACAGUAGUGCCCUCCUCAGAUGAUCAGUAGCUUCCAGCAGUGCUCAGGGUAUUUCCAAAUGGCAUUUUGCAGGAGAGGUAGAUCUUGAUAGCUCAGAAGCCCAGAGCUGAUCCUCUUGGUCAGCAAUGCAGCUACAGUGGCAACCAAGAGUGGCCAGACUCUUGUGAAGGACAAUACUUUACUCCCUGGGAUGGCGCUGACCUCCACAGCCUGCAGUGUUCAAUAGCAUGUUUGAAAAACACUCAGUGUGGUCUGAGUAGCAACAUCAGCAAUGGCGCCACCUACGAUGGACACAGUUCUGAGAUCUGCAGAGUGUGGCUGUGUACACCAGAUACUACCAACCUCAAGAAGGAUGCUCCAGGCUGCCCCCCUUCUACCUAAGCCUCUUUCCAUCUUCAGCUACCAAAACUAUGAACAUGCAGACUGGCUGCCGUGCUCCUCUGACAGCUGCCACUGGAAACAAGCUCAUGUGUAUUUGCCUGUCAGUCAACACGCAGUGCUUCUGAGUUCUGCCAUUACUCUGCUGCCAGUUAGGCCAGUGCAGGCUCCUGGGGACCCUGCCCAGCACUUCCUGAGUGUGGUAUCAGCACAGGCCAUGUUGACCAGGCCCUUGCACCCAUGCUGUACUGGGUCCAGCCUACAUACCUCUUGUCAUCUCCUCGUAAAGUCAGCAUCACCACAUGUGCUAGAGCCCCAGCCUUGGGGUGGCCCCUUGAGCAAUCCAUCCUUGGACCUCCCAGAGAGCUGACUGGGGCACUGUGCUGUGUGCUGUGGACUGAGACUGCCUCUGGGUAGCAGCUGGCCCAUUUGUUAGAAAUGCCUGGACACCAGAGAAAGACCCCAGGCACCUCGGAACAAAGCUAUUUAGUUCCAUUGCGAACUGGCCACAAGACAAAUCUUUAUCAACUUAUUAAGUUGGAGCACUAUAAUGAUAGCUCUUGCUGAUUUUAGCAAUGAUUCAAGUGUGUGUUAAACACAUGAUGUUACGUUUUAUGAGGGAAAGGGAUUAUACAGAAGAGUAAUAUUGCACAUGACUUGAUUUUUUACUAGGUGAGCAAUAGCAGCCUCCCAUCUGUGUCUGUUUCUGCUCAGCCUUGAGGUCUUAUUUUUUGUUUCUGUUUUUUUCCCCAACGUUGCGUUUUCGCCCAUCUUUUGCCACAUAAGCGUCUGGUGCAUGCUGCACCGUUACAUCACCCUGUCUUACGCACAGUUCAGUGUGUGUCAUGCUGACUUCCUCCUGCACAGAAGAACCAGUGCUGAGGCCAGAGCCUUCCUGCUUCUGUUUUUGUAUUAUUGUGUGGUUGAGUCAUAAUAAACCUUUCCCUCCAAGAUGA